CGCUCAAGCUUAUAGAGCAAACAUUUAUUUCCCCGCUAAAUAGGGCCGUCAAUGUCAAUUCAUUCGGCAACGACGUCGUAUUAAGACAUCUUCCCGCUAAGCUAAAAGACGUAAGGAGUGGCAUUAGUAGUAAAUCUCGUAUCAUUAUCACUUUUAUCAUCACACUCGAAGAAGGCGAAGAAAACGGCAGAAUUGAGCCCUUAGAAAAUAGCUGAGAGAUUUCGAAGAAGAAUUGCAUACAAACAACAAUGGAGAGUUUUUGGAAACGAGCUAAGGGAUUGGCUGAAGAAGCCGCGAAAACAUCUCAGUCACUGACAACCUCUGCCAAAAUCUCCGACUUAGUCUCCGAAACCGCUAAGAGAUCCAGGGAGUUGGCCGCCGAGGCCUCCAAGCGAGCCGAUCUCAUCAAAACUGCCGCCCUUAAGCAAGCCGAUCAGAUCAAGUCUUUCUCCUCCGAUAUCAUUGUCAAUCCUCCCACUCUUUCCUCUCUUUCCAUCACCAGCUCAUUCCCUUCUUCUUCCUCCUCAUCCACCGGCGAGGUCUCGCAGUCCGACCUCCUCAAGUUUGGAAUCAAUGAAGAUCUCACUGACUUUGUCAAAGGACUCACUUCUACUACAUUCCAAAGCUUUACUAUUCAAGAUGAAGCGGAGGGAUCUGAUUCAGAAACGUCGACUACGGCUUCGAAUAUAAGGAAAGAUCUGACGGAAUGGCAGGAGAAACAUGCAAAUCUUGUUCUUACUAGUGUUAAGCAAAUGUCAAGGUUAAGAUAUGAAUUAUGCCCACGUAUAAUGAAAGAAAGGAGGUUCUGGAAGAUAUAUUUUACCCUUGUCAGCAGCUAUGUGGCUCCGUAUGAGAAGCAAUACAUGGAGGAGGUUAAGCUCAAAGAAGCAGAGCAAAAAAAAGAUGACGAGACCAAACAAGCAUCUGUGGUUGGAGGGAAUGACAAAGAAAAAGGGAUGGAGAAGAACCUGAGCAGUAAAACUUCCAAGUCCUCUUCAGCUGAGCAAGACUUGGAUACUUUCCUAUUGGGAGAUCUUGAAGACAGUGAUGGGGGACUAGAUGAUGGUGAAGAGAGUUUCGAUGACGAUUUUGACAAGAUUGAUAAUUCAGAUGUUGAAGAUGAUAAGGAGCCAAAGAAGUGACAGCUGCUGUAAAUAUAUUUUGAAUUAAUAAGCAAAAGUUGGUUAUGGGAAAAAUCAAUGAGGUACAGCAGUCGUUGAUCUAUCACCAAUUUGAACUUUGCUGAUUAUCAAGUUUCUUAGAUCUUUGACUGCUUUGGUCUACCAAAUUAGAUGUGAUUUGAGUUGAUUCGUUUAUUUAUAUAUUAUUCAUGUUUACUAUAAGCAACCAGGUUAAGUCAUAUAAUAUGCCAUGAACUUUUAUUAUAUUUAAAGGACUAAGCUUUUCUUGUACAGUGGAUGUUCAAGCAGUUAUAACUUUGUUUUCUCCCUGUCAGUGACUUUAUCAUUAGUGGCAUUUGUUCUAACAAA